AUGUCGCUACAAUCGCAACCCACCACACCAACCACCAUCCAAGCCACCGAAUGGACGAGUCUGCCAUCGCAAUACCGGCGCCCCGGCGGGCAAUCCGAGCAUAGUCUGCACCAGAAGCGCGGCCACCCGCUCGACUCCUUCCUUGAGGGGCCCCUCUACAUCCCCUCGCUGGGCCGCUUAUUCGUCGUCGACAUCCCCUACGGCCGGAUCUUCUCGAUCGACGUGGAAACCCGGGAAUGGCGACUCGUGCUCGCCUACGACGGCGAGCCGAACGGCCUGGCCUACCACCAUCCAACCAACCGCAUCCUCAUCGCCGACUUCAAGCAAGGCAUCCUCGCCUUCGACCCGGCCGCACACCCAGACCCAAAUGACGCUCCAACGUCACUGGUCACGCGCUUCCACGGCGAACGCCUCAAGGGCCCCAAUGAUCUGGUGGUCACCUCCACCGGCACGGUCUACUUCACCGACCAAGGCAUGACGGGCUUGCAUGAUCCGACGGGUCGGGUGUUUCGUUUCGAUCUUCCACCAGCCAAUCGCAGCCAGCCGCAUAUCAAGCUGGAAUGUGUGUUGGGCAAUGGCCCCUCCCCAAACGGACUGGUGAUGAGCCGCGACGAGUCCGCCGUCUUCGUCGCCAUGACCCGCGACAACGCGGUGUGGUGGAUAGGGAUAUAG